GUAACCGGCACAGUGACCUUGCCCUUGACUCAUAACAAGCAUCAUGGCACUCAACAAGCUCGGCAUCGACAAAAUUGAUGUGAAAGGCAAACGUGUGUUGAUGCGAGUUGAUUUUAAUGUACCACUCAAGGAUGGUAACAUCACCAACAACCAGAGAAUCGUAGCAGCGCUGCCUACAAUCAAGUCAGCGCUGGAAAAUGGGGCGAAAUCCGUUGUUCUUAUGAGUCACCUUGGGCGACCUGACGGUCAAAGGAACGAGAAGUAUUCGUUGACACCUGUCGCCAAAGAGCUGGAAACGCUUCUUGGAAAGUCUAUAACAUUCCUAAGCGACUGUGUUGGCAGCGAGGUGGAGGCGGCAUGUGCUAAUCCGGCUGAUGGAUCCAUCAUUUUGUUAGAAAAUCUACGGUUCCAUAUAGAAGAGGAAGGAAAAGGCGUCGACUCUGAAGGCAAAAAGGUGAAGGCCGAAAAAGGUGCAGUAGAUGCUUUCAGAGCAUCCCUCUCUAAACUAGGCGAUGUUUAUGUGAAUGAUGCAUUUGGCACUGCACACAGAGCUCACAGUUCAAUGGUUGGUUGUCAACUCCCUCAGCGAGCAGCAGGCAUCUUGCUCAAGAAGGAACUGACCUAUUUUGCAAAAGCUUUGGAUAACCCAGAGAGACCAUUCCUUGCCAUCCUUGGUGGUGCCAAAGUUGCAGACAAGAUCCAGCUGAUUGAGAACAUGCUUGACAAGGUUAAUGAGAUGAUCGUAGGUGGUGGAAUGGCGUUUACGUUCCUCAAGGUCCUCAAGGGGAUGGAGAUUGGCAGCUCCUUGUAUGAUGAAGAGGGUGCUAAGAUCAUUAACAAUCUGAUGGAAAAAGCAGCAAAAAAUAAUGUUCAGAUCCAUCUUCCAACAGAUUUUGUUACAGCUGACAAGUUUGCCGAAAAUGCCAAUGUUGGUAACGCUACGGUCUCAUCUGGUAUUCCGGCUGGAUCUUUAGGCUUGGAUGUGGGACCCGAAUCAUCAGCCAAGUUCGCUGAAGUCAUUGGCAGGGCUAAAACAAUUGUAUGGAAUGGUCCACCUGGUGUUUUUGAGUUCCCCAACUUUGCCAAAGGAACCCAGUCUAUGAUGGAUGCAGUUGUCAUGGCAACCGAAGGUGGUGCAACCACCAUUAUCGGUGGAGGUGACACAGCAACAUGUGCAGCCAAGUUCAACACGGAGCAAAAGGUCAGCCACGUGAGCACGGGAGGUGGAGCCAGUCUCGAGCUGCUGGAAGGAAAGACUCUCCCUGGUGUAGCAGCCCUCUCUGAUAAUGCUUAAAGACUCGAUGUCACUAGAACUUCUAUACAGAAUAGAUUUUCAUCAUGAGACCACUCUCUGAUGUGUUCUUUCUCACAUGAUCUGAAAUAUUUGUUCAUCUUAUCACUGCUUAUAGUGAGACACAUUUGUGAUCUUUGUCAGGCCUAGACCAGACUGAGGACAUGUUUCAUUGUCUUGUUGACCGGUGAUUAUGUGAAAGGUACUGUAUAGUAUUUCAGUUCUGUCAGAAGGAAAAUAUUGCAAUUGUAACUUAACCAUGUUAACAUCCUUUAUGCCUGUUUCAAGGAGUAAUUAUUAUAACUACAUCAGUAACUCUAAUGGCUUGUUUUAAGAUAAGUAUCCAUGCUGUCAACGUUACUUAUUGUUAUGGCAUCUUUACUUGUUGAAUGUAUAGCUACGCACUUACAAUCCAUGGAAAACUAUUGAACCCUUACAUGUGUUUGUCAGGUUAUUUAGUUUGAUUAAAUAUGGACUACAUGAAA